AUGGCAAGGUCGACGUCAACGUCCGUACCGAGAAAUAUCCAAAAUCUCGGUGCCGUUACUGAUAGUCUUUUUAACCCUAACCCUCCUCGGUUUACUCUCCUUUACUCCCAAGAAGAAAGCCUGCUUCUCAUGGACCGUUGCCUAGGAUUGAACUGCUCCGCGCCGCGCCGGAUCGCUGCUCGUUUCUUCUCUGCCAUUGAGCGUCGUAAGGUGAAGACGAAAGGAGAAGGUGAUGACGUGGCCCAUCCCAAUCAAGCCGCCGCUCGUCCUGAUUUGUCAUCAGAAAGAUGCAGGACGGAAGCUAAUUUCAACGUGGUGAUAGGAUGCUUUUUGCUGCAACUGGUUGCUGAGAGUAAAAAUGAACUUCAAAAGAUAACGGAAUUGAGAAUUCAAAUGGAGAGUGUUCUUAAAAAUGUUAAAGAGGAGCUUCGAAAUGAAGACUUAUUCAUUUCUGCUAAAGAGAUUGAAUCAAACAAUGGCGUCCAGGAAGGUUUGAACAUGGAGAAAGUAAUAUUUGAUCAGCCUUUGAAAUUCGAUGAUGUGCCGAAAGAAGAUAGUUGUCUCGAGGGAAUGGAUAGACUUGAAACAGAACUUGAAGUUGAGUUAGAACGUUUAGAACUCCAUUUCCGUUCAGGCAAAUUAUCCACAAAUCAACCUCAGGAUCCCAUAGAGGAGAGUAGUGUUAAUAGUUCAAGUAGAAGUGAGAGUAUGAGCUAUGGAGAAGUGGUUGAUCCUACAGAAGAAGAUUGUCCGGACUUGCAACCCGCGGUUCCUCCGUAUGAACUGGAGAGACGGUUGCACGAAUUGCUGGAAACGAGGCAAGAAGAGCAGAUAAGAGAAUUAGAAAUUGCUUUGGCAAGUGCAAAGCAAGAGCUUCGUGACAAGGAAAAAGAGAUUUAUUGGUGGAAAGACACUGCACAGCUUAUGUCAAUGCAUGUUCAAGAACCUUCACGAUAUAUGGUCAACAUGCCCACCAGUUGA